GUGACACAAGUAACCAGGUAAGGUUUGAAUCCUCUUCUGGUUGAUCAAGUUUUGAUUGCCGUCUCAGCAAACAUCAUCACUUCAACUUUUAUCGUGUCUGUCAGCAUUAAUUUAAUUUUGUUUUAGUGAAUUUGCUUGUGCCCUUUAGAACACAAUGGAGUUGGAAAUCGUUAAAUCUGGAUCUAAUGAGACUGUCAUUGCUACACUUUUUGAUGUUAGUCCAUCAUCAAAGAUACGAGAUAUUAAAAAACUCAUUCACAAACAGAAGAAAUCUUUGUACCCUGACAGACAAGCUCUUCGAAUCGAACCAAAGGGAAAAUCCCUUGACGAUGAUGUUCAACUAAAGAGCAUUAGCGCUAAUCUCAAGAACAGUAAAAAACUUUUCCUCAAAGACUUGGGUCCUCAAAUCGGUUGGAAAACGGUUUUCUUUUGGGAAUACUUUGGUCCUCUGAUCUGUUACAUGGUUUCCUACACCAGACCUGAAAUCUUAUACGGCAAAGGAGCUGCCACUAAACCAAUGCACCAAGUUGUUCAUUAUGCUGCUGUUUGCUGGUCAUUCCAUUACAUCAAGAGAAUACUCGAAACUUUAUUCGUGCACCGAUUCUCUCAUGGAACUAUGCCACUCUUCAAUUUAUUCAAGAAUUGCUCAUAUUAUUGGGGUUUCGCAUUUUACAUUGGAUAUUAUGUAAAUCAUCCCCUUUACACUCCACCAUAUUUCGGCAGCCUUCAAAUAAACAUUGGAUUGCUUGGAUUCAUUCUUUCUGAGCUUGGAAACUUCAGUAUCCACAUUGCCCUGAGAAACCUCCGACCUCCUGGAACCAGGGAGCGAAAAAUUCCUGUACCAACUGGAAAUCCAUUUACUACUCUUUUCAAUUUUGUCUCAUGUCCUAAUUAUACUUACGAAGCAUACUCUUGGAUCUUUUUCACGAUUCUCACCCAAUGCUUACCCGCUGGCCUAUUUACUGCAGCUGGAUUAUUCCAAAUGACACUUUGGGCUCUUGGAAAACACCGAAAUUACAAGAAGGAGUUUUCUAAUUAUCCAAGAGGAAGAAAAGCAAUUAUUCCUUUCUUACUCUAAGAAAGUUUAAUACAUUUUAUCAACAAAAGCAUUUGCUAUAGAUGGGUACAAAAGAUGGGAAAACUAAAUGAAUAAUGAUUAUGUUAAAUGAGUCACUGUCAUGGUCAACAAUUAAAUUUUUUUGUUUAUCAACAAUCUCUCAAUCUAUCUUCUUUGUAAAAUAGGGUAGCUGGUUCAGAGGCAGAUAAUUGUCAAUCAUUCUACAGUCAAAGCUGUCUCUAAAUUAUCAAUACAUGUCAAUCAAUUUAAUCAAAUUAA